UGCCUUAUUGCUCAGGCGAUGUUCUACGAUCUUGAUUGUUUCCGGUACUUGCUUGAACUUUACGAAAGCUUAAAAUCAACGUUGGAAGAAAUGCAGCCAAAGGAAAACUGGGAAAAAUACCGCAUCGAUUCUUUAACCUUACUACCAUUUCGCAUAAGUGGCGUUAAUGGAAAUCUACUUCACUACCUGGAGGGGGAAGAUGCCAUUAUUAAGUUAGAAAUUCUAAGCAAGUCUUCCACGUUUAACCUGCUAAUUAACCACAAAAAUCUUCACGGUGUUACACCACUGCUUAUGGCAAUAAUGUUUGAUGAAGUGGAUCUGGCAGAGAGAAUGGUAGAACUGGGCGCAUAUAUCGACAGUGAGAGUAAUGAUAAAGAAACGCCAUUCAGUCAAGCCGUUAGUCGUGGCCAUCUUGAUCUGGUUAAGAAAAUGCUGACGAUUGAAGUAUUCUAAUCACGGAAAUGCAUUUUAG